ACUUCCAUGGACGAGGAACCACAGAAGAACUAUGUUUAAAUUUAUAUUUUUUUUCUUCUUGCUCUGGAAAUCUGAUGGAAAAAGCACAAACAACAAAGGAAAUAAAUUAUCAAAUCCUGUACUGACAACUGAAACUUCUGAAUCUGUGAUAGGCAGAAAUGAGACAAUACGCUGCAUUUCCGCAAAUGGAUCGCUACCCAUAACAUAUACCCUGUUCCUGAACAAAACCAGCAUAGGGAAUAUUACUGUGUCUGAACGUAAAAACGCCACUUUCUAUGUUAUAAUUCAUCACAACAGCACUGGGCCUUAUAUGUGCGAAGCAAACAACACUGCAAAUAAAACUAAGAAAAGCAAUACAUUUAAUUUUGUAUUAAAAGAUGAAUUAUCAAAUCCUGUACUGACAACUGAAACUUCUGAAUCUGUGACAGGCAGAAAUGAGACAAUACGCUGCAUUUCCGCAAAUGGAUUCUUACCCAUAACAUAUACCCUGUUCCUGAACAAAACCAGCAAAGGGGUUAUUACUUUGUCUCAACGUCAAAACGCCACUUUCUAUGUUAUAAUUCAUCAAAACAGCACUGGGCCUUAUCAGUGCAAAGCAAAGGCUGCAAAUAAAACUAAGAAAAGCAAUACAUUUAAUUUUGUAUUAAAAGAUGAAGUAUCAAAUCCUGUACUGACAACUGAAACUUCUGAAUCUGUGACAGGCAGAAAUGAGACCAUACGUUGCAUUUCCGCAAAUGGAUCCCUUCCCAUCACAUAUACCCUGUUCCUGCACCAAACCAGGAAAGGGGAUAUUACUGUGUCUGAACAUAAAGAGGCCACUUUCUACGUUAUAAUUAAUCACAACAGCACCGGGCCCUAUAAGUGCAAAGCAAACAACACCGUAAAAAAUGAUAAGUACAGCAAACAAUUCGAUUUUGUAUUAAAAGAGUACUUGGUAAAUACAAGCAUUAUAUCUAAAAGUUCUGUAACAGCUGAGGGACUCAAGGAGAACUUGCAUUGUGUUUCUGCACAAGGAUCCCUGCCGAUUACCUAUGUGCUACUUAGAAAUGGUAGUGAUUUGGGAAAUAUCACAGUUACUGAGAACAAACAAGCCGUCUUCAACAUCAAUAUUGCGAAUACACAGAGCCUGGGGCCAUACAGAUGUAGAGCCAAUAACAGUGUUACCAACGAGUCAUUAAGUGAGGAAUUUAGUUUUACAUUUCAAGGAGCAGUAUCUUCAAAGGUGUUAAUACUCUGCAUCCUGCUGCCCAUAUUUUUAAUAGCCUUAAUCCUGACGACAUGCUUAUUGAUAUACAAGAGCAGAAAAGGACCAAUUGGAAUAUUGUCCAUAAACAAAAUGUAUGAAGUACAACCAGCAAAAGAAACAGGUACAACUGACUCAAUGCAGGAGAGAGUUUAUGCUGAUAUACGUCCAGAGGAGAUAGAUAUGGAAAAGCAGCCAGAGGAGAACUACAGUAUUAUUCUCUUUUCAGAAAACACAGGAGACAAAAUUGUCAAAAAUGAAGAUUCCGUGGAAUACACUGAGAUCCUAGUUAGAGGCAAUAACAGUUAAACAAUGUACAGGAUUUCGUGAAUGGGAUAAUAUCCUGCAGAAGACAGUGGCUGCAUGUUUUUCAGUUUACAGUAGUGUGUUUUUUACACUUUGCACUAUGUAAAUCACAUGUUUUAAAUACUUUUCUUUUACAUUGUAUAUAUUGAUCCACUACAAUAAUGCUAAGUUGUCACUAAGUCCUCACUGUAUAGAACGGGGUUACUAUUAAUAUCACGGUUGCACUGUGCCAAACAUGAUAUUAAAGGGACAUUUAAAUGUGCAUAGAUGAAUUGCAUCUUUAAAUAGAAACACAUUUGCAAUAUACAUGCAUUUGCAAAAAUGUUUCUAGUAAAAGUUAUCACUGUUUUAGUGUUAGCAUUUUUCUCUGCACGUGCAUGUGAAGCAUUGCUAGAUAUUCUCAGUGCACCAGGGUUUGAAAUACAGCAGCUGCUCAUUGUGCAAGUGGGGCUUGUAUCAUGUCAGCAAAUAACAAAUUGGGUCAUUACCAGAUGGUACAAACACCUUAGGCUCUCUGAGCAAGUGGUGUAUUUAAAAUGCUGGUGCAUGGUGCAUGCUUUAAUACACUUUUAAAACAGUUACAGCUUUUAUUAGAAGCAUUUUUCCUAAUACAAUGGAAAUAAAAAGUCUACACAUCCUUGUUACAAAAAAAGUAAUAAUGUGGUUGUGGUCUUAUAACUGGGGAUGUAGCUGUGUUCAGAAUUAAGCAAUCACAUUCAAAAUCAUGUUAAAUAGGAGUCAGUACACACCUGUCAUCAUUUAAAGUGCCUCUGAUUAACCCCAAAUAAAGUUCAGCUGUUCUAGUUGGUCUUUCCUGACAUUUUGUUAGUUGCAUCCUACAGCAAAAGCCAUGGUCCGCAGAGAGCUUCCAAAGCAUCAGACAGAUCUCAUUAUUAAAAGGUAUCAGUCAGGAGAAGGGUACAAAAGAAUUUCCAAGGCAUUAGAUAUACCAUGCAACACAGUGAAGACAGUCAUCAUCAAGUGAAGAAAAUAUGGUGCAACAGUGACAUUACCAAGAACUGGACGUCCCUCCAAAAUUGAUGAAAAGACGACAAGAAAACUGGUCUGGGAGGCUGCCAAGAGGCCUACAGCAACAUUAAAGGAGCUGCAGGAAUAUCUGGCAAGUACUGGCUGUGUGGUACAUGUGACAACAAUCUCCCGUAUUCUUCAUAUGUCUGGGCUAUGGGGUAGAGUGGCAAGACGGAAGCCUUUUCUUACGAAGAAAAACAUCCAAGCCCAGCUAAAUUUUGCAAAAACACAUCUGAAGUCUCCCAAAAGCAAGUGGGAAAAGGUGUUAUGGUCUGAUGAAACCAAGGUUGAACUUUUGGCCACAAUUCCAAAAGAUAUGUUUGGCGCAAAAACAACACUGCACAUCACCAAAAGAACACCAUACCCACAGUGAAGCAUGGUGGGGGCAGCAUCAUGCUUUGGGGCUGUUUUUCUUCAACUCGAACUGGGGCCUUAGUCAAGGUAGAGGGAAUAAUUAACAGUUCCAAAUGCCAGUCAAUAUUGGCACAAAACCUUCAGGCUUCUUCUAGAAAGCAGAACAUGUAGAGGAACUUCAUCUAUCAGCAUGACAACGACCCAAAGCAUACAUCCAAAUCAACAAAGGAAUGGCUUCACCAGAAGAAGAUUAAAGUUUUGCAAUGGCCCCAGCUAGAGCCCAGACCUGAAUCCGAUCGGAAAUCUGUGGGGUGAUCUGAAGAGGGCUGUGCACAGGAGAUGCCCUCGUAAUCUGACAGAUUUGGAGUGUUUUUGCAAAGAAGAGUGGGCAAAUCUUGCCAAGUCAAGAUGUGCCACGCUGAUAGACUCAUACCCCCAAAAGACUGAGUGCUGUAAUAAAAUCAAAAGGUGCUUCAACAAAGUAUUAGUUUAAAGGGAUAGUUUAGUUAAAAUUAAACUUAUAUGAUUCAGAUAGAUCAUGCAAUUUUAAGCAGCUUUCUAAUUGCCUCACAUUAUCUAUUUUUCUUUGUUCUCUUGGUAUCUUUAUUUAAAAAUGCUGGAAUUUAAGCAUAGGAGCUGUUUCAUUUUUUGUUCAGCAUCUGGGUAGUGCUUGCUGAUUGGUGUUUUAAUGUUGCCAUCCAAUCA